AUGAUGCACCUGAUUAAGAGCACGCCCAUGAAUACAUGGAUAAAUGCGCCUGCGGCGAAACAAUGGAGCUGUACCACUAUGUCACACCGUAAAGCUGUUGGACGAAGAAAAAGGUUGACAGAACACAUAGUGAUACACCAACGGAGGUUAAAUUCCGGAGGACAUAAGCAAUGCAACACUUACUGUCUCAAGCCGAGUGAACCCUAUAGAUGGAAGUUCCACCCAGAAUAUUUUGAAGAAAGGCACAGAAUCAUGAUGACGGUGCGUAGGAGAAAGAAAGUCGCUAAAAAUGAACAUGAUCUUAGGAACACCCAACCUGCGAUAAAGGAAAGAUGUGUGAGUUCUUAUCACAAGUGGUGGUUAUGGGGGACAAUAGAUUAUUAA